AUGCCGCCCAACUUCCACGGCCCGAAAAAACGACGUCGCGAGCGUUACAAUGUCGAUGUGAAGCUCGUCGAGAUCUAUGAGGACCUGGCCAGCGAGAAAGAUGAGAUCCGGCUCAAGGCUGCGCAAAGCCUCAUCUCGCAGUUCACUCCUGAUCAGAACCCCACCGAUGAGCAAAUCAAGAAGGUGCUGCUGAGACUCUUUCGCGGUCUCUGCAGUAGCCGUAAGGCCGCUCGAAUCGGUUUCUCUAUUGCCUUGACCGAGAUGCUCACCCAGAUCUUUGCUGUUAAGCGCGAGGGCUCGGAGCUUGAGCUGGUGGAUGCACUCCGACUCUGGGAGUCACAGUCAAGCACAUCUAAUAGCGAGUCUGGACAGGAACAACGUGACUACAUCUUUGGCCGUCUGUUCGGUGCCGAAGCCAUUAUCAAAUCCGCUGUCCUUUUCGAACCCCACGCUGUAUACGAACAAUGGCCCAAGGUCCUCGGUCUGGUCUUCGAAAUCGCCCAGAAGAAGCCCUGGCUUCGUGAGGAAUGCGGUUGGAUUGUCUACCGCCUCGUCUACGAUCUUUCCGCUCGCAAUAUGGAUGCUAAGUACCUGGAAGCGGCUUUGGAGGGUUUGUGCUCUCAUGAUCUGGCUCGGUCGCCUGAGGGUGUUGCCGUUUGGCUGGCGGCCAAGGACAUGUUCCCUGCUGCCAAUUUCCCUAACAAGAUCUGGAAGCACGAUGACCCAUUGGAUACGAAGGAGCGCAGCAGCUUGGCAAAAAUCAUGAAGGAGUCUUCCACUGAAGAGGACAAGGGUGAAAACAAGGCUAAGAGUUCUGGUACUUGGAACUCCAAGUUGCACUUUGCCUGGGAUGCGAUUAUCUCGCGAACCAGCGAGACCACCAAGUCGAAGGAAUCUAAAUCCUCUCGCCUGUCUUUUGGUGAAUUCUGGACUGAGAUCGUGGACAACGGUUUAUUCGCCGCCUCAUCAUCUGAUGAACGCAAGUACUGGGGAUUCCUCCUCUUUAACAAAAUCCUCAACGAGGGCUCGCCUCAACAGGCGGCUCAGGUGUUCACCAAGAACCUUGUUCGCUGCUUGACCAACCAACUUGCCGUCGAGGACCGCUAUCUGCACCGCAUGGCUGUCAAGGCCUCCAAGGUUAUUCAAACUCGCGUCUCCAAGGAGCCUGGCUUUGCCGCGGCAGCAGUUAGUGGACUUAUGGGUACUGCUGGAGCUGUGAACUUUGAUCAGGCCACAAAGACAAAGACUAUCGAGAAGAUUGUAGCGGAUGCCAACAAUGAAGCUCUGGCGGAUAUUGUCCCUGUGUUCGGCAAGCUUCUCAGUAACCCUGGUGCGGAUGAUGACAAGACCGCUGCAUCCAACCGUCAAUUCAUUGCUGGUCUCCUUCUCUCAAUCGUGCGCGCAAAGGCGGCAACUGGAAACAGUGACUCUGAAGAAGAUUUCCAAUCGAUCCUAGAGCAGAUUUUGUCUAUCCUUGUCCGAUAUGCAUACUUCCCCAACACCGCCGACGCUUCCACAGCCCCACAACCUGCCCUAUCAGAUGCAACUCAAGAGAUGCUGCGCAACCGUGUCAACUCAUCAUUGAACAGCAUUCUUGCAUGCCAGAAGUAUGCUGCGACAAUCCCAUACGCCGUCGUGAAGCAGAUCCGCGAUGCCAUCAAGUCCGAAGAGUACGGAAAGUUCAAUAUCAACAUGGAUGAUAAGUUGCAGGAUUCAGUGAAGACUGCUUUUAAGUCCUUGAAGAAACUGUCUAGCAAGAAGGGCGAGGCAUCCAGUCUUUCUGCCUUCAAGCUCCUUUACUCCAUGACUGUCCUUCAGGUCUACAGUGCUGAUCCCGAUGCGGUGUCAAUGCUUGAAGAGCUCGAGUUCUGCUACUCAAAGUUCAUGGGCGAGUCAGACUCAAAGAAGCAGGACACUGCCGAUGCAUCUGAUGCACUUGUUGAGAUCCUGCUCAGCUUUGCAUCGAAGCAGUCACAACUUUUCCGCCGCAUGAGCGAGCAGGUCUUUGGUGCAUUUGCUGAUCAGGUCACUGAGAACGGUCUGGAGUCAUUGAUCUCGAUCUUGGAAGCAAAGGAGAGUCUUGCUGGACAGCAAGAAAUGUUUGACGAGCAAGACGAUGAUGAGGAUGACGUCGAAGAAAUUUCAGGUGACGAAGAUGAAGAAAUGGCGGAUGCUUCUGACCUCGACAGCGACGUCGAAGUCGUCGAGGCAGGUGACGCCUCUGAGCCCGAGUCCGAUUCAGACGAAGAAGAGGCCUCAGAUGACGACGAGGAAGACGCCGCUGAAGUCGCUGACUUCGAAGCCAAGCUUGCCGCCGCGCUGGGUACCCACCGAGCCGACAAGGAUCUGACCGCAGAAGAAUCCGACUCAGAUGCUGACAUGAACGACGACGAGAUGGACGCUGUCGAUGAACAACUCGCCAAGGUCUUCCGAGCUCGUUCUCAGGUCACCUCCAAAAUCAAGGACAAGAAACACGCCCGCGAGAAUAUGGUCAACUUCAAGAACCGUGUUCUCGAUCUGAUCGAGAUUUUCGUCAAGAAGUGCCACUCUAGCACCUUAGCUCUUGACCUGAUUCUUCCUCUUCUCCGACUUGCGCGUCGCUCUUCUGUGAAGCAGAUCGCUAGCAAGGCUAAUAAUGUACUCCGCGAGUACACCAAGUUGUGUAAGGGUUCCGCGAUCCCGAAAAUUGAGGAUGAGAAUGAGCCCGUCUGGGAGCUUCUGCGCUCUAUCCAUAAGGAGGCUAGACACAGUGGCCCACCCGCUCAUGCCACUGCUACUAGCCAGGCCAGCUUACUGGUUGUGAAGGUUCUAGUUGCGCAUGAUAAGGCUGCUAUUGCUGGUGUUGUGGAUGUGUAUGCUGACACUCGCAAGGAGCAGCUUUGCAGUACUAAGUGCCAUGUCCAGCCUUCGUUCUUCACUGACUGGAACAACUGGUGUGUUUCAGCCAGCAAGCAGUUGAAGAACUAA